AUGCCUCCUUAUCUCGCUGUUAAAGAUGAGGAAAAAAAUAGUGAGAAGACAGAUAGCGACUGUUCAGAUUCUGAAGAUGAUUUGCCUCUAAGUUUUAAUAAACCGAGGCAUAUAGAACCCAUAAAAGGUGCAGAACGUGAGGAGCACUCAUGGAGAGUGAAAGAAAAGUACAAGACCCACUGUGUGGCAUUGGUCCUGUGCCUCAAUGUGGGUGUCGAUCCUCCAGAUGUGGUGAAGACACAACCUUGUGCCAGACUUGAAUGUUGGAUUGACCCCAACUCACUAUCACCGAGCAAGGCUCUGGAGAGCAUUGGACACGCUUUGCAGACACAGUAUGAGCGUUGGCAGCCCCGGGCGCGCUACAAACAGUCACUGGACCCCACAAGCGAUGAGAUCAAGAAGCUGUGCUGCUCGCUACGACGCAAUGCGAAGGACGAGCGGGUGCUGUUCCACUACAACGGCCACGGGGUCCCGAAGCCCACAUCCCAGGGCGAGAUCUGGGUAUUCAACAGGGCGUAUACGCAGUACAUUCCGCUGUCGAUGUACGACCUGCAGACGUGGAUGGGCGCUCCCUCGCUCUACGUGUACGACUGCUCCAACGCGGGCGUCAUCGUCGACAACUUCAAGCAGUUCGCGGAGCAGCACGAGCGCGACUACGAGAUGCAGGCGAGCGGCGGGGGCGGAGCGGGCGCGGCGGGUGGCGGUGCGGGCGCGGGGGCGCUGGCGGCGUGCGCGGCCGGCCAGAGCCUGCCCAUGAGCCCCGAGCUGCCCGCCGACCUGUUCACCGCCUGCCUCACCACGCCCGUCAAGAUGGCCAUGAAGUGGUUCGUGCUGCGCAGCCGCGUGCGCGUCGCCACCCACGACCUGCUCGACCUCAUCGACAAGAUACCUGGCCAGGUGACGGACCGGCGCACGAUGCUCGGCGAGCUGAACUGGAUCUUCACCGCGAUCACGGACACGAUCGCGUGGAGCUCUCUGCCCUCGGAGCUGUUCCAGCAGCUGUUCCGCGCCGACCUGCUCACUGCCAGCCUCUGCCGCAACUUCCUCCUGGCAGACAGGAUUAUGAGGUCGUACAACUGCACGCCGGUGUCGUCGCCGGCACUGCCGUCGCUGGCGUCGCACCCGCUGUGGGCGGGCUGGGAGCACACGCUGGACCUGGCGCUGGCGCAGCUGCCCGCGCUGCUGGCCGACCGCACGCCCGCCUACCGCCACUCGCCCUUCUUCCGCGACCAGCUCACCGCCUUCCAGGUGUGGCUGGACCUCGGCAAGUGGUCGGCGUCGCGCGCGCCGCCCGACCAGCUGCCGAUGGUGCUGCAGGUGCUGCUGAGCACGCUGCACCGCGUGCGCGCGCUGCAGAUCCUGUGCCGCUUCCUGGCGCUGGGCGCGUGGGCGGUGCGCGCCGUGCUGGCCGUCGGCAUCUUCCCCUACAUGCUCAAGCUGCUGCAGGCCUCCGCGCAUGACCUGCGCGCCUCCAUGGUCUACAUCUGGGCCAAGAUCAUCGCCGUCGACCCGAGCUGUCAAGUGGACCUCGUAAACGCGAAGGGGCACAAGUACUUUUUGUCAAUCCUCCAAGAUCCGUCAAUCGAUAGCGAGCACAGAACGCUGGCGGCUUUUGUUUUGGCCGGGAUAGUGGAUAACUAUCCAGAGGGGCAGGAGGCAGCGUUGCAGGGCUCGAUGAUCUCGCUGUGCCUGGAGCAGCUGGGCGACGGCGACGCGCGGCUGCGGCAGUGGGCGUGCGUGGGCCUGGGCCGGCUGUGGCGCGGCUACGACGCGGCGCGCUGGGCCGGCGUGCGCGACCUGGCGCACGAGAAGCUCUACGCGCUGCUGCUGCACCCGCAGCCGGAGGUGCGCGCCGCGUGCGCGUUCGCACUGGGCACGUUCGUGGCGGCGGGCGGGUGCGGCGCCCGCACCGAGCACGCCAACGCCCUCGACCAGCAGGUGGGCGUGCAGCUGGCCGCGCGCCUGCCGCCGGACGCAUCGCCGCUGGUGCGCGCAGAGCUGCUCGCAGCUCUACAGUGGCUGGUACUGAUAUUUGAGCAACACUUCAUUGCCGUCUACAUCCAAGAGAGGAUGAGGAGGAGUGACAGGGAGUCGCGGCGCAGCGGGCGCGUGGAGGCGGGGCAGGACGCGCUGGCGCCGGCGAGGGGCGCGCUCGGGCCUCGGCACGCGCACGCACACCAGCCGCUCGCGCUGCCCGCCAUCGGAUUUGGCUCUGUGUACAUGAAGCUGUGGAGUACACUGUGCAGUAUGGCAAAGGAGCCACACCCGCAGAUCUCUCAGAUGGCCACAGACAUCAUCAAUUAUAUCUCAAAUCAGGUGGACAGCGUGGGGCGCGAGGCGGAGGUGGUGCGGGGCGCGGGCGGGUCGAGCUCGCUGCCGCCGUCGCCCAACACGCGGCCCUCGCCCUUCGCCGCCCAUCUGCACCCGGACACGCGCACCCUGCCCAUUAUGGGUCACCGGAGAGGCAAGUCUGGGCUUCCGCACACGAUCUCCGAGGACUCUGUAGCGCAUCGGGAUCGCGACUCCACGUCUUCCACUUCCAGUCAGAGCACGAAGAAGGCGAUCGUGAGCACCGAGUUCGUGGAGUGGGCGGCGGCGCAGUUCGCGCGCGGCGAGGGGGCGGAGGGGCCGGAGGGGGCGCAGGUGGCGGAGGGGGGCGAGGGAGGGGACUGCGAGAGCCGCGCCCACCACGAGCGCGUGUGGCGGCGCGCGCGCAACCGCAGCCUGCGCAGGGACGCCAGGGCGUUGCGCGCCGCCAAAGCGGCCCGGCUGGAGACGCAGACGUUCCACUCGCGCUGCGCCCUGCCCCCGGCCGUGGUGCUCUUCCACCCCUACGAGCAGCACCUGGCGGUCGCCUUCAAGGACAACUUCGGCAUCUGGGACUGGGGCACGGCGGCGAAGAUCUGCGCGGGCGCGUGGCGGCGCGCGUGGGGCCGCAUCACGGCGCUCGCCUACCUCAACGCGCACCACCGCGCCCUGCUCGCCGUCGCCUCGCACACCGGCAACCUGGCCGUCUACAGGCCGUCGGAGAACGGCAGCGGCAGCGCGCCCUCGCUGGCGGCCGCGUGGCGCGCCCUGCCCGUGCGCCCCGCCGCCGACUACCGCCCCCCGCCCGCGCAGCCCCUCUACAGUCUUGCGCAGCUGGUGUCGGAACAGUUCAUCUCGGCCGAAGAACGACAGGCAGCCGCCAAGACUAAACAGUCAGACCCCAAUCUGGCGGGGGGCGUGGGCGGGGGCGGAGCGGGUGGCGGCGGCGCGGCGGGAGCGGGCGGGGGCCCGCCCCCGGUGCUGAUGCGCUGGAGCGAGUCGCGCCGCUCGCUGGCGCUGGCCGGCCUCUGCAGCACCGUGCGCUUGUGGGACGCGGACGCCGAGAUGCUCAGCGGCGACAUCGACACGGAGUGCGAGGCGGGCGCGACGGCGCUGUGGCGCGGCGCGCUGCUGGCGUGCGGGUUCGCGGACGGGUCGGUGCGCGCGUGGGACGAGCGCUGCGGCGGGGCGCCGUCGGUGCGGCUGCACGCGCACGCGGCGCCCGUGCUGUGCUGCGCGCUGCGGCCGCGCCGGCACGCGCUGCUCACGGCGGCGGCGGACGGCGCGCUGCGCCUCUACGACACGCGCACCAUGGCGCCCGUCGAGCUGCUGCAGGCGCCGGCGCCGCUCGCCGCCGUCGACGUGCACCCGCGCUGCCCGCUGCUCGCCUGCGGUUCCGUGAACCAGAGCAUCAGCAUCUACGAUCUGAAGGGGACGCCGCUGAACACGAUCAAGUUCCACGAGGGCUUCAUGGGGGCUCGCAUCGGCCCCGUCUCCUGCCUCACCUUCCACCCGCUCAGGUGCGCGCUGGGCGUGGGCGCGAAGGACUCGACGGUGUCGGUUGAGGGCCCGCCCACCCCACCGCCCUCUAGCGAUAGCCCCGGCAGGAAAGCUAAUGGACAGUGUGCUACGGGGAACCCCCGCUUCGUAAGCUUCCCGCGCCUGCUUAAACUGGGCCAAUCACGGCGGGGCACAAAACGCAUACAUAUAUCAGUCCAGGGACCGAAUCAAUACACCCAUUGGUUCAUCAGAUGCAGCAAGAACAGUAUCCUUCAGAGUAGU